AUGAACCACGAUCAUCAUAACCACGGCCAUCAUGAAAUUCCACAGUCAGAAGAAACAGUAGGAGGAGAUUAUCAAGAAGAUCAUGGAGCUCAUUCUAUGAGCGGACACGCUUCAUCCUUCACAUCCAAUUUCGGCCAAACUCUACUCUUCUCUGGCUGGGAAAUCAAGGACGAAAAACACUUGGCGAUAGCUUGCGUUGCCGUCGCCGCAAUCGCCAUUAUCAACGAAGGAUUAAAAGCCGCUCGUCAAAAACUCACGCACAAGACAAAGCCCGGACAGUUUUUGAACAAAACUUACGGCCAAAAGAUUUGCAACAGAUGGCACAUUAUCAACACGAUCUUAUCUCUCAUUCAGAAUAUUUUAUCAUAUGCGCUGAUGUUGGCUUUUAUGACUUUUCAAACAUGGAUUUGUGUGUCGAUUCUUCUUGCUCAUAUGGUUGGGCAUUUUUCUUCGGAGUUUUCCACUCUGAUUUUGCCUACGACCACUGCUGAAAAGACGAAUAGUGAGCAUUUGUUCGGAAACAUCGAUUUCGAACAAGAAGAAGAUGAUGGCAGCGAUUCUGGAAGCGAAAGUGGCGAUGGAGAGAAACAGUUUCAGGAUGAAGAUCUCGAAAUCGUCAACGCCCAGGAAGAAGAAGAAGCGGAUGAGGGCGGCGACGACGAUGACGAUGAUGGCGAUGACGACGGAGGAACUGAUGAUGAUGACGGUGGUUUUGGUGAAAAAGACGCGGACGAACGGCAAGUCGAUAUUUUGUGCCAUGAAAUGUUCGAAAACGACCCAAAAAUGGGCGAUGGUGAAAUUGAGGCUGCAUAUCUUGAGCUCGAACUGCAGCAGAAUAUGGUUGAAUGCCUUGAUUACGAAUAUGCCAGAGAAGCCACUACCUCUGCCUUGACCGAGAAAGGCGAGUACACCCUUCCAGAUGACUUCAAAGCCUGGGCGGAGGAGCACCACAAAGUUUACCCAGACUGGCGAGUCGAGAGAAAAGCAUUUGGCGACUGGCAGAAAGCGAAAUUAUGGAUGAACGCAAAGGCGGAAAACUACGAUUUUGAGCUUGGACUGACUUCCGUUGCGGAUCAAAAUCCUUUCCGAAAGAAUGAAAUUAAAAGGUCUGAUGGGUGUCCGCCGGUGAAGAUUGAAAUCGAUGGGGAUGUGCCUGAAUCGCUCGAUUACAGAGCUUUUGGGCCGGAUAAAGAGGACUGUAUCGGACCUGUUUUUAAUCAGAGCGCAUGUGGACCUUCAUCAGCGCUCGCGGUCAAAGAUGUUUUAGACAGCAUUAUCUGUAUUCAAGACAAUGUCCGAGAAGACAUAUCACUUCAAAACAUCGUCGACUGCGCAGAUUGUCCCUUCCCCGAAAAUCCCGGGCCAGACUGCCUCCUCGCCGGAGCAGUUGCGAAUAAGGGCGCAAAUUGCGAAAAGUGCUACCCGACGAGCAAUUAUUGCAAGCCGGGAACUUGCAAAUACGAUCCCUUCUGCAAUUGCUCGAAUAUUCAGGGCUGUGGGAUGAUGAACCCAGAAACUGACGAAAAACUGCUUGCUUAUGCUCUUUCGAAGUUUGGAACGAUGUCUGUAGUUGUCGAUGCCGGAAAUCCAUCUUUUCAGCUAUACACUUCGGGAAUCUACUCCGAGCCGAAAUGCCGAACUGAUCAUGGCAAUCACGUGAUGUCGCUCGUCGGCUACGGAACUGAAGACGGAAAAGAUUAUUGGAUCCUGAAAAACUCCUGGGGAACCGGGUGGGGAGAAAAUGGAUUCAUGCGAAUGGCGAGAAACGCCGGAAAUAUGUGCGGAGUUGCUUCUUACUGUACUUACCCGAUUUAUACCUUGUGA